UCUCUUUUUUGCUCUUUCCUCUCUCUUCUGCACAAUCUUACUCUGAUGAUACUGCAAUUGACUGCAAUGAUCCACGCAUUCGUUUCACUGCGCGAGAUAAACAAGUCGAUGGACAGUUUUAUGUCCGUAUUAUCGCGUCGCGCACAAUUUCAUCAAUCAUCGCGCAUUCCGCGAGUGGAACGGAAGAGAAAACUGCGACGAGAGAGAGAGAGAGAGAGAGAGACGUAUCCGUUUGGAUCUCUCGAUGAUGUUUGUAUCACGGGAACCGAAACCGACGAGGACGUAAUCCCGACCGGGCCGAUGCCGAAAAAUAAAGAAAACAGCAAGCGAAAAAAGCAAAUGGAGGACGAGGGCGACGAGGAUUAUCGAAAGCGGCGAGAUCGGAAUAACCAGGCUGUGAAACGAUCGAGAGUGAAGAGUAAAUUACGUACACAACAAACCUUGGAACGAGUAAAUCAAUUAAAAACGGAAAACGAAUUGUUGGAGGAGAAAAUUAAAAUGCUCACCAAGGAGCUUGGGUUUCUCAAGGAUCUUUUUAUUGCACACGCAGGAGGAGGUUCUGGUCAACACUCGAUGAACAUUCAAGAUCUAGAUCUGAAUUCUCUCCUGGCGGAAGAAAAAUCGACGGAAGAGUCAUCGGUUGUAAAGACGUCAGUUAUCAGGUCGACCUCCAAGCUGUAAACCUAUAUAAGCUCCACGUGAAGAAAUCAGCGUGGUAUUAAAUUUGAAAAACGCGAGACAGUAUUUUGUCUUUGACUCGCUCGAUCAAAACAGAGACAGUGGACAUCUUGGAAAGAUGUUGACUUGAAAUUCAUUGAAAAAGAUUCUAGAUGCGAAGAGCGUUUUCCGAAGGCGGGUUUUCCAAGUUGCAGUGCAUCGUCAGUAAAUUAUCGUCAGUUAAAUUUACAACUUGUCGAAAACUGAUGGAGGCAAGAGUGAUGCAACUAUCGCAUACAACUCACGAUAAAUUUGAGUACGAAAGUAUUCAUUUUAAUUGUUAGCCAGUGGUGAAAAAGUAAUGUGUGUGUGUGUGUGUGUGUG